GGAUACAAUUUUAUCAAUAGGUUGGAUGUAAAGCGCCUUGUGUGAAUGUCGGCCAUUUACUUCGCCGACACUAAACAACAAUCUUUCCAUUCGUGUAUUAUGUUGAUGUCUUUGCUAUUUCACGUUGUUUUAUCGAAUUCCGUUAAGCAGCAAGUCAAACACGGUCCAUCUCUCGAUCCAGGGACGUGAGAGGAACUUUUAAAUUUUAUUUCUGAUCCUUCCAAGUAUUCAGGAUUUCUCUACUUGGUAUUGCCGAUCCCAAUCGACUUUUGUCGGAUUUCUUUACGGAUUGCAGUUUGUGUGCUGUUAGUAUGGCACCCGUACCAGAUAACGGAGAUGAUUCAUUUCUUUACUCCAAUUUGAAUCCGAAUUCUCUUUUCGAAGAUGCAAUGUUGACCGAUUCGGAGCCGAGAUAUGAAGAAAUAUUAGAAAUAAGCAGAGAAAUUAGUCUCGAUACAUCAAUAAGCCCAAUUUCAUUUGAAGGUUCUUGUUGGAACGAGAGCCAAGAUUCUAAUAUAGUCAAUUAUGUACCCGAAAAUUUAAUUAUAGAAUUAAAUAACGAUCAAGAAGUUAGUGUUUCGGGUAUAGAACCGAAUCAACUUAACAUUCCAACUAUUCAUCAAGAUCAUACAUAUUCGCAGAAUCCUUCCGAAUAUGCCGAUAAUGACAUAAUAAAUAAAGAUGAAGAAAUUGAAAAUCUAAAUUUUGAAGAUGGAAUAGAAAAUAUUAAUGUAGAUGAAAUUGUAGAUAUAGACACAAGUGAAAUUGACGUUACUGACGACAACAGUCGUAGAAGCAUGGCAGAAAAUGUUCUUGUGACUGUAAACGCAGAAAUCGUAAAUCGUCCACGUCGUGGUCGACCGAGACGUAGAAAUUAUGCUGAAAUGAAUAUGUCGGAAAGUGAAAAUAGAGAAAAUAAUGGAGGAAAGAGGAGAAAAGGUAAAAAGCGAAUGGACGAUAGAACGAGAGCUCUCCACAAUACGAAAGAGAGAGACCGAAGACACGCACUAAAGAGAGACAUUGCAUUCCUAGCCGAACAAAUCCCAAACUUGCCAAAUAAAAAACCGAUGAAUUUGGUUUUGCAGAAGGCAAUAGAAUAUAUAAAAAAAUUAGAAGCAGAAAAUGACAAGUGCGAAAAAGAACUUAAAACGGCUAAAAAAUUAAACGAGGAUCUUUCAAAACGAUUUGCAAGAUUGCAACACGAAACAAGGAGGAAAUAGAAUAUUCUGUAAAUUCUAAGUUAAUAUUAUGAUGUCGGGUGGAGAUGGUUUUUUAAUAUUUUAUCAGUGUAUACG